AUGUUAUCAAUAAUAGUGACUAUUGCAAUAGUGGCAUUAGUUUGUAAAGCUGAUAAGCCGAAUAUCGUGUUUAUUAUUGCUGAUGAUUUGGGAUGGGAUGACGUCAGUUUCCACGGAUCGGAUCAAAUUUUAACCCCAAACAUUGACUUGUUGGCGUAUUCGGGAGUGACGCUCGGGAGAUACUACAGCCACGCGAUAUGUACUCCUUCACGAUCGGCACUCCUUACUGGAAAAUAUUCGUAUAAAAUCGGAAUGCAAGGCUAUCCUCCAUUGACAAUGAGUGAUGACAGGGGGAUACCGAUGGAUUUGAAAUUAUUGCCGCAAUAUUUCAAAGACAUUGGCUAUUCAACGCAGUUGAUUGGCAAGUGGCAUGUCGGUGCUUCGAGAGCAGAAUAUUUGCCAACUAACAGAGGUUUUGACAGCCAUUUUGGCCAUCGAGGAGGCUACAUGGAUUAUUAUGAGUACACUUAUGAAGAGUUGUGGUCUAUCGGUCAUGUUUCUGGUAUGACAUUAUUUAGAAAUUUAACACCCGCGUGGGACGUGGAAGGAUACAUCACUGACGUCUAUACAGAUCAUGCAGUAUCUGUUAUCAAGAAUCAUGACACAUCGUCUCCACUAUUUCUGAUGGUUGCUCAUAACGCACCUCACUCGGCCAAUGACGGUGCCCUGUUGCAAGCGCCACCAGAAAUUGUUCGACAGAUGAGACAUGUGGAGUCACCUGAGAGGAGAAUAUUUGCAGCCAUGAUGAAGAAACUAGAUGACAGCGUUGGUAAUAUCGUUAAAGCGUUACAUGAUAAAGGCAUUAUACACAAUACAAUAGUAACAUUCAUUUCUGAUAAUGGAGGCAUGUCAUAUGGACAGUUUAAUAACUUUGCCUCUAAUUAUCCAUUCAGAGGAAUUAAAUUAACACCUUAUGAAGGUGGUAUAAGAGUAGCUGGGUUACUAUGGAGUACAAAUUUGAACAAUACGAGUCAUUAUUGGGAUGGAUACAUGCACGUCACGGAUUGGUUGCCCACUUUGUUGAGUGCUGCUGGUGUAAAACCUCCACCAGAUAUUGAUGGAAUCGACCAUUGGAAGAACAUUAACUCUAAUUUGCCUUCAGAACGACAAACGAUGUUUGAAAUCGAUGAUACCUCAGAAUAUGCUUCAGCAAUAUAUGGAGAUUAUAAAUUAGUGACGGGUGACGUCGACAAGGGUUAUGGUAUUCACCAAGGCAAUAAUCUCACGGGAAUAAUUGGUAAACCACCGUCUUACGUUAAAGCAAUUUUGGACAGCACAAUGUACAGAGUCCUUGACUCAAUUGGAUUAACCUUCAAUACCGCCAACUUGAGUCUGAGGAACAAUACAACAAUCAAGUGUGAUGUAUCGUCAGUUCCGUUAUGUCAUCCAAGCAAAGAGACAUCAUGCCUUUUCAAUAUAAAAGAGGAUCCGUGUGAAACGAGGGAUUUGUCAGCGACUUAUCCCGACUUAGUGUUAAGAAUGCAAGCUCAGUUGGAACAGGAGGUGAAAAAAACAAUAUUUAGAAAAGGACCAGUGUUUAGAGACCCGUUGUCUGCUCCCAGUCGGUUUAAUUACACUUGGGACGUUUGGGUCAAGUGA